AUGCAUCCCCUAUGGCACCUCCUCUUCCUCAUCGUGGCUGUACAGGCCAUCGAUCUCGAUCUCGAUGACCCAGCCUCCACCAAAACAACCCUCCACACCCUCGCCACCCAAAUGCUAACCCACUACACCGGCAACCUUCCCGGCGACAACCCAGGCAACCUCCCAGACCCGUACUACUGGUGGGAAGCGGGCGCCAUGUUCACCGCUCUCAUCGACUACUGGUACCUCACCUCCGACACCACCUUCACCAACCUCACCCUCCAAGCCCUAACCUGGCAAUCCGGCCCCAGCGGCUCCUUCAUGCCCGCCAACCAAACCCGCACCGAAGGCAACGAUGACCAAUCCUUCUGGGCCUUCGCGGCCAUGUCUGCCGCCGAGCGAAACUUCCCUGACCCUCCACCUGAACUAGGUGUCCCCGGGUGGCUAGGUAUGGCGCAGGCGGUAUUCAACACACAAGCUGCCAGAUGGGAUACGGGGACCUGUGGAGGUGGAUUACGAUGGCAGAUCUUUACGUUUAAUGAGGGGUGGAUGUAUAAGAAUACGAUUUCCAAUGGGUGUUUUUUUAACCUGGCGGCCAGGUUGGCGCUGUAUACGGGAAACGGGACGUAUAUGGAGUGGGCGGAGAGGGUGUGGAACUGGACGGAGGAGGUGGGGUUCGUGACGGAUGAGUAUCGGUUUUGGGAUGGCGCGGAUGUGGAGAGUGCGUGUAGGGAGUGGAAUCGCGUCGAGUGGACGUAUAAUACCGGGGUUUAUUUGUUGGGGGCGGCGGUUAUGUAUAAUUUGACGGAAUCCCCCACCUGGCGCACCCGAACGCAAGGCAUCCUCAACGCGAGUCUCGUCUUCUUCCAAAACGACGUGAUGUACGAACGAGCCUGCGAAACAAUAAACACCUGCGAAGUCGACCAACGAGCCUUCAAAGGGUUCCUGGCGCGAUGGAUGGCCGCCACGACGCAAAUGGCCCCGUUUACAUUCGACCAGAUCAUGCCGAAAUUACGAACCUCGGCGAAAGCCGCCGCGGAAACGUGUACCGGGGGGGCAAGCCACGCGGCGUGUGGGUUGAAAUGGACGGAUCGGAAAUGGGACGGGAUGGAUGAUGUGGGGAUUCAGUUGGCCGCGUUGGAGGUUAUACAAUCGACGUUGAUUAGUCGGGUGGAUCCCCCUGUCACGCAGGAUACUGGGGGCACGAGUCGCGGGAAUCCCGGGGGUGGGGAGCCGGGACCGCCGGUGGGGGAGGUGCCGGAGGGGUUGAGGAUUGAGAUUACGGGCGCGGAUCGCGCGGGGGCGGGGUUGGUGACGGCGCUGUUGGGGGUGAUUGUGCUGGGGUCGACGGGGUGGUUGGUUUACGAGUGA